UGAUUGCACAGUAGAUUGUAUCUUCCCGGGAUCUCCUACUUCAUGAGAUGACCUCUGCCUACCUCACCUCAGGCAUGGCCUCCAUGCAGGGAGUCAAUCACUCAGGAGUGUCAGAGUUCAUCCUCAUUGGCUUCUCUACCUUCCCUCACCUUCAGCUGAUGUUCUUCCUGCUCUUCCUCUUCAUGUACCUCUUCACGCUGCUGGGCAACCUGCUCAUCAUGGCCACCAUCUGGAGUGAACACAGCCUCCACACGCCCAUGUACCUCUUCCUGUGUGCGCUCUCCAUCUCUGAGAUUUUCUACACCUUUGCCAUCAUCCCACGCAUGCUGGCCGACCUGCUCUCCACGCUUCACUCCAUUGCCUUCCUGGCCUGUGCCAGCCAGAUGUUCUUCUCCUUCACAUUCGGCUUCACCCACUCUUUCCUCCUCACAGUCAUGGGCUAUGACCGUUAUGUGGCAAUCUGUCACCCACUGCGCUACAAUGUGCUCAUGAGUCCUGGUGGCUGUGCAUGCUUGGUUGCCUGGUCCUGGGUUGGUGGUUCAUUAAUGGGGACACUGGUGACAACAGCUAUUUUCAAUCUCACUUUUUGUGGACCCAAUGAGAUCCACCAUUUUGCUUGUCAUGUUCCCCCUCUAUUGAAGUUGGCAUGUGGAGAGAAUGUACUGGUAGUAGCCAGAGGUGUAGGGAUGGUGUGCAUCAUAGCCCUUCUGGGAUGCUUGAUCCUCAUCCUCCUCUCCUAUGCCUUCAUUGUGGCAGCCAUCUUGAAGAUACCAUCAGCCGAGGGUCGGCAAAAGGCCUUCUCCACCUGUGCAUCCCACCUCACGGUGGUCAUUGUGCACUAUGGCUUUGCCUCUGUCAUCUACCUCAAGCACACGGGUCCCAAAUCUCUGGAAGGGGACACUCUGAUGGGUAUCACCUACACAGUUCUCACCCCCUUCCUCAGCCCCAUCAUCUUCAGUCUCAGGAACAAAGAGCUGAAGAAUGCCAUGAAGAAAGCUUUCCUAAGCAAACUGUACCCAGAGAAAAUUUAA